AUGUGUGGAGGAUUGGCGGAGGAGGCGGCGCUCGAGGCCAUUAAGGAUGCGCCCGUUCCCAAGAAGGCGGGCCGCCCCCGCAAGAACCGCAUCCUGGCCGACGCCGGCGAGGUUCAGGCCGAGGAGCAGGCCCUGCGGCCUAGCCAGCCGUCUAUCGGGGGACCUUUACCGUCCUCGCUGCACAAGGCCCGCGCGACGGGCCUUAUUCCGGAUGACGUCCAAAGCGAAGAGCAUAACCAAGACGUCGAUCUCCAUUCGGAUGGCGAUCCUAUCCGGUUUUAUGACGAGGAGGAUGUGGCCGCCGAGCAUACCCAGAGGAAUGUUCGCGCCAAGGAGCUGGACAACGACCACGACGAGCUGGCGAUUGGUAGAACCAUCAUCCGGCUCGACGACGCCCCUGUGAGCCGGUAG